AUGAGGCUGGUCGCGCUCCUAGGGGCCGUUGGAGCUGCUGCCGCUGCCUCCUUCUUCCUCCUGCCCCCGCCGACCCUCUGGCUUCUGCUCCUGCCGCCUCUCUUGCUGCCGGUGGUCGCGGCCGGAGGCUGCGUGGCCUGGCUGGCGCUGCGGCCCAAGCGGCUGAUUCGCCCGCUGGACCAGGUGGGCUACCUGCCUGAGCCCGGCUGGACCCGCGCGCAGAGCGCCGCGCGGAUGCGCCGGAACCGGCGGACCGGCCAGGUCCUGCCUUCCUACCCCAACGGUUGGUUCCGGCUCUUGGGCUCAGACGAGCUGGCCCGAGGGGAGGUGCGCAACGUGGCUGCACUGGGGGAACAGUUUGCUGUGUUCCGAGAUUUGGACGGGAAAGUGUAUGUUCUGGAUGCUUACUGCCCGCACCUCGGGGCCAACCUUGCAAUCGGUGGCCGUGUGGUGGGCGACUGCAUUGAGUGUCCCUUCCACGGCUGGAUGUUCUCUGGGAAGGACGGGAGCUGCGUCAAGAUCCCAUAUGCCAAAAAAGUGCCUGAAUUUGCAAGCACCAAAGUCUGGCCAUCCUGUGAAGUCAACGACAUGAUCAUGGUGUGGUAUCACUGUGAUGGCACGAGCCCAGCAUGGCAAGUGGCCGAGCAGGAAGAGGUGUUGUCGCCCGACUGGGCCUUCCGGGCUGCAACGGAGCACUUUGUCAGCGCGCACAUCGAGGAAAUUCCGGAGAAUGCUGCCGAUGUAGCUCACCUUUCCUUUCUUCAUAAUCCUUCGGUCUUGAGUGGAAAUGAUCUACGCUUCACGGACAACCACUGCUGGGCAUUUUUCAGGCACACCUGGGAGGCAGAGUGGCAGCCCGAGCCGGAGCCCAAUGGACACUGUUCAGUCAUGCUUCUUACUCACCACGUGGCGUUCUUUGGAAAGCCCGUCCCCUUCCUAGAUCUACAUGUUACGGCCAGGCAGAUCGGUCCUGGGUUGGUAACCUUGGCCCUGAGACACGCUUUCCUGGGCAAGGGGCUGAUCGUUCAGACUGUCAUCCCUCUGGAGCCGCUUCUGCAGCACGUGGUCCACCAAAUCUACUACCCACGCAACAUACCGUCCUUCAUAGCCAAGCUGAUACUGUGGGCUGAGGGAGUCCAGUUUGAGCGGGACGUAAUGAUCUGGAAUAACAAGAAGUUCCUCUCCAAGCCGCUGCUGGUGAAGGAAGAUGCCGCCAUCCUGAGGCACCGGCGCUGGUUCUCCCAGUUCUACAGCCAGAACAGCUGGAAACUCAAUGCCCAGAAGGGACAACUGGAUUGGUGAUGACCCUCCCUAGUGGUUAGGGACUCCCAAUACUUCCGCAACCACUUGAGAGUCCAUAAACUCUUGUGUGUGGGAGGGAGAAGGUUUUUUUUAACUUCGCGGAGCCCAAAGGGGUUCCUGGACCAGAGGAGAGACGGAUGUGAAUUUGGCUCAGGUAAUACUUUGGAAUCAGAAGCGGCGGCCUGCAGAAGCAUUUGGAAUGGUGCUACCCUCCGCCCCCC